AUGAUUGUCUACAGCUACACUCCUUUCCCCGUCUUGCAGUUCAUCGAGAGGCGUUUGGACAAUAGCACCGAAUUAUUCGAAAAGCGAUUGGAAAAUCUUCAUGGCUAUGAGGUACCGAUUGCCUUGGGUGGAUCUUCACCCCGACUGAUUGUCUAUCGUGAUUCGGAGGGAAAACUGAUUUUCUCAGGACCUGUUGGUAAUUUCAUGAAGAGCUUUGAACAGCGUUAUAAUUGCAGAUUGGUUCAACCACAUCCUUUCGAUGAGUCUGCCAUUUCUCCGGCUCGUGAUUUAAUUGCUGCCGUGCGAAAUGGUAGUGUCCAAAUUGCUUUGGGCGCUAUUUAUCCCCAGCACCCAUAUACUGGAUUUUCUUAUCCCAUCGAACUGAUGAGCUGGUGCCUGAUGAUGCCAGUACCAGAGGAGGUACCUCACAGUCAACUCUACAGCAUGGUAUUUAGUCCUAUGGCAUUUGGGGUCACAAUUGUUGCCAUGGUGUUGAUUUCAUUCACUUUAUCCAUGGCUCUGCGUCUUCACGGAUAUAGAGUCAGUUUUAGUGAGUACUUUCUUCAUGACAGCUGUCUGAGAGGAGUCCUGUCUCAAUCCUUCUACGAGGUCCUUCGAGCACCAGCCUUGAUAAAGGCCAUGUAUCUGGUGAUCUGUUUGCUGGGACUGCUGAUCACCUCAUGGUACAACUCGUACUUCUCCACUUUUGUGACCAGUGCCCCCAGAUUUCCGCAGCUCACCAGCUAUGAGAGCAUUAGGCAUUCUAAAUUAAAGAUAGUGAUUUGGAAGCCGGAGUACGAAAUGCUUUUGUUCUUUUCGGAAAACAUGGAGAAGUACUCUUCGAUCUUUCAGCUGGAAGAGGACUACAAAGAGUUCUUGCAUUUGCGUGACUCUUUCGACACCAGAUACGGCUACAUGAUGCCAAUGGAAAAGUGGUCACUGAUGAAGGAGCAACAGAGAGUAUUCAGUUCGCCAUUGUUCAGCCUGCAGGAUGACCUCUGCGUCUUUCACACUAUUCCCAUAGUUUUUCCCAUGGUAAAAAAUUCAAUAUUUAAGGAACCCUUUGAUCGCCUUAUUUUGGAUGUGACUGCGACGGGACUUCUGAGUCGCUGGAGAGACAUGAGCUUUACGGAAAUGAUCAAAGCAGGACAAUUGGGACUCGAGGAUCGAGGUCAUCCAAAGGAAUUUCGGGCCAUGAAAGUGGAGGACUUGAUACAGAUUUGGCGCUUUGUGGGAUGGAUGCUUGGCUUGGCCACAAUAGCGUUUCUUCUUGAGUUGUUACAGAAUUUUCUUUAG